AUGGUAUAUCCAGUUAUCAGAAAUGUGGCUUUCGAAGAUUUGGAAGAAUUCUUUAAGCAGAUUCGUGCAGAAUAUCGUAACCAGCGUGCGUUUGUUAUGUACGUGGAUUCUCGCGACGACACGCACGAUGAUUUGAAACUGCUGGAAGUUCUUUACCGCAUUGUUACACAGCAUGUACAUGGAAGAGUGGCUCGCGAGGCGCCGAAAAAAUCCAGUACGCUGGAAAAUAUCGUUAAUAAACUGAACUGCAAAAAUUUUGGGCAGUGCUAUGGUAUCGUCCCUGAAAUGUUUGCCAGCAACAAAUGGAUUUCGACAGGGAAGACGCUGAUCAUUGGUUACGAUGUCUGUCAUCCGGAUCCGCAAUCGAAAUACGAAAGAAGACUGGGAAUGACGCCUUGUCAGCCAAGUGUUCUUGGGAUCAGUUUCAAUGGGGCUGCGUGCGCGGAAACAUUUGUCGGUGAUUAUUCAUAUCAAGCGCCCCGGAGAGAACAAGUGACUGGUGUAAUUCUUGAAGAGCGAAUGGCCUGGAUAUUGAAACUCUUCUGCGCCAAUCGUAACGGAACACUCCCUGAAUUGGUGAUUAUCACGCGCGAUGGGGUUUCGGAAGGACAGUUCAAAAUGGUGAGACUGUAG